AUGGCUGUAGCUGUGGCUGUGGCUGCCUCUCAGAGUCCCAGCCCUGGCUGCAACAGAAAUGGGAGUAAACGACUCGAAUGCAUCCGCUCGGCACUACCAAAGCUGGAACUGGAGCUGGAGCUGAGGGUGGGCCUGGGACUGAGACUGAAACUGGUUUCCUACAGCGCAGCUGUAUUUACAGGUAAGGGAUACCAAUUGUCAACUAUUUAUACUAACAAUUACAACACCUGGAAGAACGCUUGUCGAGUGGAGUUCACCAACAUAAAGUGCAAUUCUACGGAUUUGGAUUUCUCUGAUUUUGAAUAUUGCUAUCUAAAGUCUGUAAACCGAAGCUACAAAUACGCAUCGCUGAAAGUCAAACUAUUUCAAAUUCCCAUUACCAAGGUCUCGAUGCGUUUCGGACUGUACAAACGAUUCAGUGGAUACAGGCCAUUCCUUUACAAUUUUACUGUGGAUUGCUGCAAAUUUAAAAAAAAUAAAAAAUCGCUACCCAUCGUAAGAUUUUUUCAUGAUAUUAUUAACGAGUAUUCCAACAUGAAUCACUCAUGUCCCUACAAUCAUGAUAUAGUUCUGGAAAAGCUUACCAUCGCGCAUGUAAAUGACCGAUUUGUGAAUGUUCUACAGUUUCCCGAGGGCGAUUACAUGUUCGAGAUGCACUGGUUGGUCUACGACAUCAAUCGUGCAGUGGUCGAAUUAUAUUUUACUUUUUCUUGAAUGGUCUAAGGAUAUUCCUGUCAAAUUUCCCGGAUAAAUUAUUGUAUUUACACCAAACCGUUGAUCAAAAGACCACGACUAAAUGCACAAUUACUUAAAUCUUACAUGCACUUUAUAUAUAUUAUUUGUAGCAUA